GUUCAAAAACUAAAAAGAAACCAAAUUGAAAAGCUGAAAAUAAAAACGUUGGGGAAACAAUGCAUGCAGAAAUAUCGGCGAACCGCAUCAAACCAUAAUCAUAUAAUCAUGCUAAAUAAUGAAUGCAAGCUGAAGCGCAACUGGGUUGGCGUUAAGAGCAAAGUAAACAAGUGCAUAAGGAAUGCGAGAACAAACUGAAUAUGAAUAGCCAGGAAUACUCAUAAAUACCCGAGUACUUAUGGGCUCUGUGUAUGUAUGUAUCUGGCCGGAUGAUCUGAAAUUGAUCGCCAGAAAUUGUAAGGCGUAUACAUGCAGUUAAUUGAUAUGAAAUUAAUUCUUAGAACGAGUUUCAGCUUACAAAAAUUUUGCGACUUAAUGUAUGUCACAAGCGAAAACCGGUAAGGAUGAUGACCACAAAUAAUUAUUUGGGUUUUUUUUUUGUGAUUUUGGUUGGCUUGCCCUUUAAAAGGCGACUAAUCGGCUGCAGAGGCUCAAACCGUAGAGAGCAGCGGCACAAACAGCAACAGCAUGUUGAAGAUUUUACUUAGCAUUUUUGGCCUGUGUCUGGUUGGCGCUUUGGCCGCGCCCGCCGAUGUCGAUCAUACGAGCACAACGGUGCCGCCAGUGGCUAUUGUGGAUUCGGGUCAGGAGAAGCAUGAGGAUGGCUCGUAUCAUUUCUUUUACCAGGGCGAAGAUGGCACGAGGCGCGAGGAGACGGCCGUGGUGCAGAAUGCAGGCACUGGGGAUGCGUUCCUCGAGGUGAGCGGCACCUAUUCAUAUUUCGAUGCCGACGGCAAGGAGGUGGUGGUGAACUACAAGGCCGAUAAUUACGGUUUUGUGCCCGAGGGAGGCAACAUAUUGCCACAGAUAACGCUGGCCGCCAAGCUGGCCAGUGAGCAGAGGUACCCUCUUCCCGAUACGGACUAUAAAAAGCCGCCGCAAAACGAAUAA